UCAUCUGACCCGCCGUCCAUCCAUCCGUCUCUGUCCCCUCGAAUCGCGCCAUGUCGAGCUGGAAAAACACACUUUUUCAAACGAUCGAUGCCAUCAAAGCCCAUGGAUGGAAGCGAGUCGUUUGGCAGUACAACACCAUUGAUCAGGCCAAGGCUGGAACGUUUGUUGGAAAGGACUACCUCGGAAACGAGUACUACGAAAACAAGAACGAUGUCGUUGUGAGAGACCGCUGGGUUCUCUUCAGCCGCUGGAACUCCGAUGCCUCCCAGGUCCCACCGGAGUGGCACCAGUGGCUCCACCGCAUGACCGACGAUAUCCCCACUGAAAAGACCCUGCCCAAGCCCGCCAAGUACAACCCACCCGCUCAUAUCGAGAACCUUACCGGCACAACUGCUGCAUUCAAGACCUACAGUACUACUGUCCCCAAGAUCAGCGGCUGGACGCCCUCAGUCAAACCCCGUGGCGGCGAUCUCUAAGUCAUGAAUCAUCUGGUCCGACGAGGCCCUUAAUUGGCCGCCAACCGCACCUCCUCCCUUGCACGUAUGCGUCAGAGACCUUGAUAAAAAUGAAUAUUUCACCAUCCCUUAUAGUGGC